UUUGCGUUAUCGCCUAUAAAAGAACCAAGAAGGCUAAUUAUAACAUAAUAUAUCCAUUAUCCAACAAUUUAGACAAUAUCUUGAUAGUCCUCAACAUCCAAAUCUCCAUCUUCAGUCAACAGCGAUCAACUGAUCAUCCAUCCAUGGAGGCAGAUAGUCCAAUUCAUGAUUUCUCCAAAGCAAGAACACAAGUAUGGAAACACAUGCUCGUCUUCAUGGACUCGAUGUGUCUCAGGUGCGCCAUCGAGCUCGGCGUGCCAGACGCUAUCCACAACCACGGCGGUCCCAUGACACUCUCCGAGCUCGUCCAAGCUCUACCCAUGGCCACAACUCGAGCUCCAUUUCUCCGGCGCAUCAUGCGUGUUCUCGUAAACUCUGGUUUCUUUUCCAUUAAAGGAAAUGAAUCAGAUGGUAGCAAUGAAGAGGAGGUGUACUAUGACUUGACUGCCACCUCUAAACUGCUCGUCACUGCAGGAAGCACAAACUCUUUAGCACCUCUUGUUCUUUUUGUAACAGGCUCGGAUGUGGGGAUGGCUGGACUUGCCAUGAGUACAUGGAUCCAAGCUAGUGAUGAUGAUGAUAAGAAUGAGACACCGUUUCAUGUGGCUCAUGAUGGGAACGGUUUGUUUGAGUUUGCAAGUGAGAGGCCUGAGUUCAAUGCUUUGCUGAAUGAAGGCAUGGCUUGUGAUAACAGAGUGCUUAUAGGAGAAAUGGUGAAGAACUGGGGUGAUGCACUCUUUGGUGGUCUCCGGUCACUGGUGGAUGUGGGUGGAGGUACUGGACUUGCUGCGGCGGUGAUAGUUGGAGCGUACCCGGAGAUGAAGUGCUCAGUUCUUGAACUCGAUCAUGUGGUGGAUGUGCAACCGGAGAAUGAAUUGGUUGAGUUUGUGAGGGGUAAUAUGUUUGUUCAGAUCCCUCAAGCAGAUGCUUUUCUACUCAAGUGGGUCUUACACGACUGGAAUGACAAAGAUUGUGUUAAGAUCUUGAGAAAUUGUAAAAACUCGUUCUCUUGUGAAGGAAACAAGAGGAAGUAAGUCCUGGGAAAGAGAGAAAUGAAAUGGAGUGGAAGGCAAUAUUUGAUGAAGCAGGGUUUUCAGAGUUUAAUAUGGUGGGUGAAUUAGGU